AUCCCCGCCACCCUACUCAAGCACUCACCUCUCUUAUCAUCUUUCUGUCCCAAGCGCAGCUUGACUACCUACCACGAUGACUCUUACGAACGCUGAACUGCGCGCUGUCCUCACAUUCACCAUCCAGCUCGCCCGCACCGCUGGCACGCUCAUCCUUGAGGGCUCCCAGGCGAUCCAGGCGUCCACCCAGAUCGACGAGAAGAAGAACGCGGUUGACCUCGUGACCCAGUACGACGUCGCUGUCGAGGAGCUCGUCCGCGCUGAGAUCGCAAAGACGUAUCCUGGCUUUGGCUUCAUCGGCGAGGAGUCGUACUCAGCGGGCAAGCGCCCCGAGCUCACGGACGAGCCGACGUUCUGCGUCGAUCCCAUCGACGGCACCACCAACUUCGUGCACGGCUUCCCCUUCGCGUGCAUCUCGCUCGGGCUCAUCGUGCAGAAGCGCCCGGUCAUGGGCGUCAUCUUCAACCCCUUCCUCGACCACCUCUACACCGCGCUCGAAGGCCAAGGCGCCUUCCUCACGCGCGGCAAUGCGCCCCCGCUCAAGCUGCCCCUCUCGAACCCCAAACCCCUGCCCUCGCUGCAGAAAGCCCUGCUCGCGAUCGAAUGGGGCUCCGACCGCGGCGCGUCCGUCGUGCAGCCCAAGGCCGACUCGUUCACCCGCCUCGCGGGCGACGGCAACGACGGCGUCGCGGGCGGGCGCAUGGCGCACUCGCUGCGCUCCGUCGGGAGCGCCGCGCUCAACUUUGCGCUCGUCGCGCAGGGCGCGCUGGACAUGUACUGGGAAAUCGGGUGCUGGCCAUGGGACGUCUGCGCGGGCAUCGUCAUCGCCCAAGAGGCCGGCGGCGCCGUGACGGGCUCGCACGCCAUCUUCAAUGCCGCGUCUGCCACGGGCGACUCGGCCGCGGCGUUCAAUGUGACGCCGGACGUGCUAUAUGGGCGCAAGUAUCUCGUCGUGCGCAAUAUCGCGGGCGCGCCGAAUGAGAGCGGGCGUGAUGCGCAGCUUCGCAUUGCGAAGGAGUUCUACGAGACUGUCGAGGAUGUCGAGCCGAAGUAAGCGGUUGAGUAUAUGCACGUUUUGCAUGAUUAUACGAAGAAUGGAUGUAGUUGUAGAGUAAAUGUUUAGUAGUGCUAGUGUAGAUGUAUCAGUACACCAGUAAACUAUUGUGUGCGCAACAUAUCAUGUUCACAUAGAUUUAUGUAUUCACAACAUUGCGCGUCCAAUCGUGAUAACAAGCAAAGCAAAGCAAUUAUGCAUAUCUCGUUGUAGCUCGCCCGCGCUCUUUUGCACUUGCAUUUCCUUGCUAGGCCGUGCUCAAUCUGUAGACUUGGAGAUUACUGAACGACGCGAACGUCGCCUCCAUCAGCUCGUCCACGGAAGCGCGUACCCAAUUUUGCGACCGUAAUAAACGCAGUGAUACCUGCAGCAGUGAUGAGCGCAGGGCGCCAACUGGGCUGGCCCGCCAACAGGCCACACGAGAUGUAGAUCAUGCAGCUAGCAAAGAUCACGUCCCCGCCCAGAGU